AAUGGUUAUGGAAAUGAGGCUCUUGAGUUGUUCAGAGAAAUGCUUGAUUCUGGAGAAAAACCAGAUCACAUUACCAUGAUUGGUGUCCUCUCUGCAUGCGGACAUGCUGGAUUUGUUGAAGAAGGACGACAUUACUUCUCUUCCAUGACCAGAGAUUUUGGUGUGGCUCCGCUUAGGGAUCACUAUACGUGCAUGGUUGAUUUGCUUGGUCGAGCUGGAUUUCUCGAAGAAGCAAAGAGCAUGGUCGAGGAGAUGCCCAUGCAACCAGAUUCUGUUAUAUGGGGUUCACUGCUUGCUGCUUGUAAAGUACAUAGGAACAUCAUGAUAGGUAAAUACGUUGCAGAGAAGCUUCUAGAAGUAGAAGCGUCAAAUUCAGGACCAUAUGUUCUUCUGUCUAACAUGUACGCUGAGGUCGGAAAAUGGGAGGAUGUGAUAAGUGUACGAAAGUUGAUGAGGAAAGAGGGAGUCACGAAGCAGCCAGGCUGUAGUUGGAUAAAGAUACUAGGACAUCUUCAUGUUUUCAUGGUUAAAGACAAAAGGCAUCCUCGAAAAAGGCAGAUACACUCACUUCUUGAUAUUCUAAUAGCAGAGAUGAGACAGGAACCAGAUCAU